AUGAGCGACUACAACGGCCAAAUAAUGGCUCAGCAGUAUACGGUGGAUAUGAGCCAUUCACCAGCUGGCAUGCAACGAAUUCAUUCGUCACCUCAACAACCGCGGCAAGCGCAUAUGAUUCAAUCUGGACAAAUGCUUUCCCAACAGCAAAUGAUGAUGCAGGCCAAUCAACCACUCCAUAUGCCACCGUGUACAAGUAUGCAGGUACAAAUGGCGUCGAUGGGUCCACCACAAAUGAUCUCGCAACAGGGUGUCGCUAUCAUGAGUCAGCAGGGACAAAUGCAACAAGCAGGUGCUGCACAAGGUGCAAUGAUGCAGGCGCAACAUCAGAUGAUUGCAACAGGACAAAUAUCUUCACAGCAAAUGCCAACACAAAUUCUAGUUACAUCAAUGGGUCAGCAACAGAUGCUUUCAACCAUGGUCACCCAGGUGCAGCAGCAACAACCAACAUCCCAUCAAAUGGCUCCACCAACAGCACCACAUUUAGGACCACAACAAUCACUGCAGCAACAGCAACAAUCCCAACAGCAGCAACAAACUCAACAACAUCAAAUGAUAACUUCGACUCAAAUUUUACAACAACAGAGUCAGGGGCAACAUUCGUUAAAUGCCCAACAAAAUAUCGGCCACAGUCCAGGAUUUGCUCAUCUAGGUCAACCUCAUAUGCAUACUCCGAAUCCAAAUUAUCAGCAACCUUCCCCACAUCGACCAACAAUGACACGUUAUCCAACCCCAAGUCCAGAAAAUAUGCAGCAUGGAACUCCUCCCAUAUAUCGUUCACCAAUACAGCGUUCAGUGAAUACUCCACGUGUUAUCGGACAAUCGUCUGCAAUACGACAAGCUUUGGGGCAUCUCCCACCUGCUCCGACGCCUACACCUGUACAUUCUGCAGCUGAGCCACACCCUCCACCGCCGAAUAGCAUGAAAUUACUGGAGAAGGAUGCUAUGGAAGCUCUGAUUAAAACGGUGGAUCCUCUGGAAGCAGUUGAAGAUGAUGUUUCGGAUGCAUUAUUGCAGCUGGUUGAAGAAUUCGUUGAUGAUGUUAUUGAACAAACGACACGCGUUGCUAAGCAUAGGAGUGCGCAAAAGGUUGAGACGAAAGAUGUGCAAUACGUAUUGGAAAGGCGAUAUAAGAUAUUCUUGCCACCGGGUUCCGUUGGUGGCGUCCAACCAACCGACCGUAAUCCAUAUGUAAAAUCUCCGGCAACCGAAGCUCAUCGUCAGCGUAUGUCGCUCAUCAAAAAAGGUAUUCAGAAACCGUGA